AUGGCAUUCGAAUCGACAUUGGAGUUGCCAAGGUUUAUCGUCCUCGCACCCAACGACAAUAAAGAUUACUUGAGCUAUGUUCAUGAAGGUGGAGACACUGAUGGGUUUCUCAAAUUCUCUGAAACUCAAGCUGUGAGUCCAUAUGCCAAGUUUGAAGUGAAGAUUUCCACCUCGAAGGGCUUGGUGCACAUAAGAAACUGUCAAAACAACAGAUAUUUGGAACGAAUCCAAUCGGAGUACUGGGUUGCUGCCACCUCCAAAAUCAAGGACUCAUGUACAUUGUUCAAGUUCAUCCCUGUAGACCACGCUACGGAAGAGAGUAAGCCAACACUAGAUCGCUGUGUAUCGGCGAACCACACCGAGUACGAUGCUAAAGGCAACUUCUCUGAACUAUUUAGCCAUGCUAACAGUGGAAGAGCCAGUCAAAUUCAACUAACUCAAAUAUUCUUGAUUAACUUAACUAAAUUGAAUACUCAUCUCUUACAUAUAACCAUGUCAAAUUCCAAUGGUUAUAAAUAA